UUUAUUUUUUAUUUUAAAUUAUUUAAAUAAAUUGUUUUUUUUUUUUUUUUUUUUUAUUUUUUAUUUGAUUAAGAAUUUAAUUUAAAAUAUUUUUUAAUCCUCUAUAUUCUUUAUUUAAAUUAUUCUUAAUAAUAUUUUUUUUUUUUUAAUUAAUAUAUUUUUGUCAAGAAAAAAAAAAAAAAAAAAAAAAAAGGAUCAUUAUUUAAAAAAAAAUCAUUAAUUAUAAUUUCAAAUUAUUUAAUUUAUAUAAUCUUUAUUAUAUAAUUUAUAUAGUCAAAAAAUGAAGUUAUUAAAUAGUUUAAAAUUGUUAACUUUACUUUCUUUAAUAUAUAGCGUAUAUGGUCAAUCAAAACCUGCAACACAAACAAUUAAUGUUCAAAUCUAUGAUCAAUUUCCCAAAUAUAAUAAAAAUUUUGAACCUGAAAAUGGUAAAUUAACUAAGAAUAUAGUUAAAAAGAAUUUAAAUGUUAUCCCAGAAUUAAAUUAUCCAUCACCAAAUAUGCAAGUCAAUGUAGAUGGCAGAAUCCUUUCCCCAAAAAAUUUCCCAUAUUUCUUUUCACCACAUCAAACUUCUGACCUUUCUGACGACUCUGGUUUAAAUUAUCCAUUAACAAUGGAUUUAACUUUAAAUUAUGAUGAAAAGAAUGGUGUAUAUAUUUAUGAUAAUCAAAACUUUUUCCCAAUUGAUUUCAAAGGUUUCGAUCAAAAUGCUACUUUCCGUAUUUAUAAAGAUUUUGAAAAACCUACACAACCAUACCACAAUUAUCAUUUUUGUUUAAAAAUGAAUAAUAAGUUUACAUAUCAAGGUAACGAAGUAUUUAAUUUUAUUGGUGAUGAUGAUGUUUGGGUAUUUAUUGAUGGUAAAUUAGUAGUAGAUCUUGGUGGUCUUCAUGAAGCCGAAAGUGGUAAUGUUGAUUUAACAACUUUGGGUUUGGUUAAAGGAAAAGUUUAUACUUUUGACUUUUUCUAUUGUGAAAGACAUACUUCUAAAUCAACUAUUAGAAUUGAAACAUCAAUUGAAUUAUUCUGUGCAAAAUUAGAUUACUGUGGUGUUUGUAAUGGUGAUGGUGCUACUUGUUGUAAUCCAAUAACCAAUUGUAACGAUAACAAUUUAUGUACAAUUGAUUCAUGUCCACCAGUAGAUAUUACAAUUGAUCCAUCUCUUCCAUUUAAUUCAUAUUGUAACCAUAUGCCACAACCAGACCCAUUUAGUGGUAGUAAAUGUUAUCAUGGUGAAUGUAAUCCAAAGACAGGCCAAUGGACCCAAAACUUUACAUCUUGCCCAGACAAAUCAAAUGAAUGUAAGAAAACUGAACCAUGUGAUAACAAUAAUGGUUGUAUGUAUUCAAAUAUCUGUGUUGAUAGAUGUAGUGUUCCAAACAAAUGUGUUGGUGGCAAAUGUAUUACUAAAACUGAAAGCGAUUGUGCUGCUGAAUUAGAUGGUAAAGCUGAUCCAUGUUUCAUUUAUUCAUGUAACGCAAAUAGUGGUUGUGUCAAAGAACCAAAAUGCAAGAAAUCAGAUAAUCCAUGUGAAAUCAUAACAUGCAAUGCUUCAAGUGGUAAAUGCGAAAACGAAACUCUUAGUGGAAAUGAUUGUUGUAAAGAUAAAUGUAACUUAAACAAAUGUCAAUAUGGUGAAUGUAACAAAGCAGAUGGUUCAUGUAUUGCCAAGAAUUUAACAUCCAUUGAUGACGGAAAUCUUUGUACAAUCGAUCAAUGUGAUCCAAACAAUGGUAAUGUUACUCAUACUCUCAUCAAUAAAUGUACUGGUUGUAUGACUUGUGAUCCAAAGACUGGUGGUUGUAUUCCAAAAGAUUCAUUAUGUGAAGAUGGUAACCCAUGUACCGAUGAAAAAUGCUCUGCUGAUCCAAAGAGUGCUACCAAUGGUGUUUGUAACAAAAAACCAACUACUAAAUGUGAUGGUGGAAGUAAAUGUAAAGUAUAUACUUGCGAUAUGGAAAAGGGUUGUAAUUCUACCGCUCUCAUUUGCCCAGAUAAAGGAAAAUGUCAAGUUGGUUAUUGUGAUGAAAAACUCGGUUGCGUCUAUAAAAAGAGAGAAUGUACCUCUUCUGCUUUCUGUUUGGAAGCUGAAUGUGAUGAAAAAUUCGGUUGUAUAACAUACCCAAAGAGAUGUGCCGCUGAUAAUAGUAGAUGUCAAGAGGCUAUUUGUAUCAAUGCCACUGCCACCGAAAAAGGUAAAUGUGUUUCAAAAGACUAUGAUCCAAAACCAUUUAUUUGUAAAACUGCCGCUGUGGUAUCAACUGCAGUUGUAGCUGGUGUAGUUGUAGCUGGUGCUGUUGCUUUGGGUGCUGCUAUUUUUGCAGGUAAAAAAGGUUAUGAUUACUGGAAAGACUCACAAGCCACUAAAAUGACCGCUUCAAAUUCAAAUCCAUUAUAUGAAGCCAAUCCAUCAGGUGGUGAAAAUCCUCUUUACGCUAAUCAAGGAUAACAUUGAUUGGUAAAAUUUUAAACCUUUUAUAAUAUUAUUGUGUAAUACUUAAAAAAUUUUAGAUAAACAAAAAAAAAAAAAAAAAAUAUUAGAAAAAAAAAGAUAAUAUAAAAAAAAAGAUAUAAAAAAUAACAUAAAAAAAAAAUAAUUAAAAAAAAUAAUAUUUUCAAAAUAUUUAUUUAAUUUUACAUAAAAAAUAAAACCUUUUUUAAAAAAAAAAUAUAAGCUUUAUAAAUUUCUUUUAUUUCGU